AUGAGAAGGUUGGCCUUGGUGGUGCUGCGUGGCCACGCGAAUGGGUCAGAAAGACGUUGUGUGGCUGUGUCGUUUGGUUUGGUUGGGUUUACUCCUAACACAAGAAGUUAUUGCGCCUGUACCAAUGGCCUCGAUGGAGUCCCAAUCAUUGAAGGAAAGUGUAAUGUCCAUUGUGCUGGGAAUCCUUGCCAAAUUUGCGGGGGCUAUCUCUUGGUGAAUUUCUACGCCAUACCACCUGAUAUGGCCAAGACUCCGCCACUAGAUGAUCAGUGUGAAAGUAGUACAGAGUCAAGUACAACUGCAUCAUCAACAACAUCCACCACUGAUUUUUCAUUAACAACCACUACGCCACCACCAGGUCUCUUUGCCGUUCAGCCCUCAGAUACAACUACCACAGCACCCCUCACUACCACUGUUACCAACACUUCAGAAACCUUUACAGACUCAUCACUAGUCACAUCUUUAUUAACCAAUCUUACCACUACAGACUCAGCUACCACAGAACCUUUAACUCCUGCUGCAACUACCACCAUUGAAAAUAGCACCACCACAUCGUCAUCAUCACCCUUAGACAAUUUUACUUCAGAAUCAUUAACCACUGUCACUGCAACUACCAUCAUUGAAAAUGCUAGCACUACAUCGUCAUCAUCACUAAGUAGUGAACCACCCUUAGACAUUUUUACUUCAGAAUCAUUAACCACCGUUACUGCAACUACCAACAUUGAAAAUGCUACCACCACAUCGUCAUCAUCACUAACUAGUGAACCACCCUUAGACAUUAUUACUUCAGAAUCAUUAAGCACGGUUACAUCUCCUUCAUCAUCUACAGCUUCAGUUUCAGAUUCUACUAACACAGAAACCUCACUAUCAACAAGUACAUUGUCCUCAUCACCUAGUAUAACUGGCACAGUACCGUCUACACCUCACUUUACAACUGACCUCUUCUCCACAUCAGUUCCAGAGGAUCUUACUACUUAUCCAUUAAACAGCACAUCAACAACUCAGUUCAUCUCAAUCAGUAAUGCUUCAACUGACACCAUAGAACCACUAGCCAGUAAUACUAAUGAAAUAGUCACUGCUAUUUAUGCUACUUCUACGGCCACAAUGCAAUAUGAGACUAUUACAAACCAGUCAACUACAAUGCUCGAAAGCUUAACUUCCACAACUACACCCACAGAAACAGUAUCUAAAGACACAGUUCCCUCAACUGCACAAUCAAUAAAUCAGACAAUUGUCUCAACUCUGUCAUCUGAAUUACAUAACAGAACAGAUUUAACUGUGCCAACAUCCACACCACUGGUAGAAGAACUCAUACUAGAACAAGGUACCGUCUCAGAAAAUCCUACUACCACUCAGUCAACCAUUCUUACAACACAGUUGGAAACAAAUGCUACAACCUUACUUUCAAAUCCUCCAUCAACAUCCCUGCCAGUCACAGCCUCUACUGAAUUAACUGAAAUGCCUCAUCAGUUACUAAAUGAUACGACAACAACACAAACAACAGCAGAAACUUUACUAACUUCACAAACAGGAGAGCAAACUACAAUAAAUACAACAUUUCCAGCAGAACUAAGCACCACCCAAGCUUCACCUACUUCACAAACUAUAACAUCAACAGACAUAAAUUCAAUAGAACUAAAAAACACUUCAGCUUCUCAGUCCUCUGCAACAGUGACAUCUACCGAUGCUUUUACAACGACAGAAGGCCCUAUGACCAUUUAG